AUGUCAGCCCUACCGGCAAAAAGUGUCACAAAAAUAGUUGUAGGCGAUCAAAAUGAUACAACAAUGAAUACUAAGACAUCAAAAAGUAAAUGUCAAUGGUUACGAACAUAUUUCUCAAAAUGGACUGGACAACAUACAGCGUUACCACCGUCUGCAACAUUUUUUGAUUGUGUUGUUGGAUUUGUCAGUGCAUUUGUUAGUAUUACCAUCCUUGCUGUCGUUCAUUAUCAACUACUUACCAGUCAUGAUCUUGUCUUGUUUAUUGCCUCGUUUGGUGCAACGGCUGUGCUCGUAUACGGACUUCCACUCAGUCCUUUAGCUCAACCACGAAGUGUAGUUGGCGGUCAGGUGAUCAGUGCAAUAAUUGGCUGUGCUGUUCGUGUCUUGUUUGGCACAAAUGGUGUAACAUUCGUAGCAGCUGCGCUUGCAGUUUCAUUAACACUUUUUGUUAUGCAAAUGACCAGUACAUUUCAUGCACCGGCCGGUGCUACCGCCCUCAUCGUUGUCAUCAGUAAUACUUCUUUUCCCUGGUCUGGUUUUCAAUAUGUUCUCAUGCCUGUUCUAUCGGGUUCUCUUAUUCUUGUUUUUCUUGCUGUUGUGAUCAACAAUCUAGUACCCACCAGGCAUUAUCCAUGUCACUGGUGGUAA